AUGCCUACAAAUUCCAUCGAUCCACCACGAUUUCAUCGGGCUUAUCAUUUUUAUCCUUCGUUUCAAUCACGAGAUAAUAAGCCGAUCAUUAACAACUGGAUGAUGCCUGUUUUCUCUCUACAUGCUCCAACUUCUCAUCAUUUUCCUCCUUCAACUGCUUUAAGUAAUCAAAAUCACUUGUAUAUGAUGCCAAUCCCUCAUAACAACUCUCACUUAACCGUCGCUACUACCUCUCAACUUCAUCAACCUCAAUCAAAUGCUUUCUCCAUUAAUGCCAUAUCUAAUCAUAAUUCUCCUUUAUCUUCAUCUUCUUUAUCUCGAAAUCGUCAUAAAUGUGAUUGGCCUGGUUGUACUUGGAGUUUUAAACGUUUGGAACAUCUAAAACGUCAUAUGAUCACCCAUACUGGUGAACGUAAAUAUACCUGCACCUACCCUGGAUGUGGUAAAAAGUUUGGAAGAUCUGAUAAUUUUUCCGCUCAUUGUAAAACUCAUAACAAGUCUAAUCAAAGAAAAUCUAGAAAAUCUACAAAUAUUAUUGAUGCUGAAUUAUCCAAUAAUAUUAAUUUAGAUAACAGAGGAUUAUCUGAUCUUUUGACAAAUGAUUUAUCAAAUAAUAUGUCCUCAAGCAAUAAUAUGUCGUGUGAAAUGACUUCUUCAUCUCAAACUUCUACCUUAACUCAAGAUCAGAUCGAUGCUUUUCAUUAUUAUUGUGAUGCUACUAUUACUACAAAUUCUAAUUCUUCAAUUUCUCGGUCUUCUUCAAUUAAUGAAGGUACAAAUAACUCGGCGGAUCAUUCUUCUGUGCGGUUUAGAGAAUGUUAUUAA